UAUUCUCUCGCUUGUUUGAAUGGAGAUUAAACCUGAGAACGAAGACUGUUUCAGGGGAAUAUUUGACUGGCACCGAGUGCUCCUUGGAAUUCCCAAUGAUCAAUAACCACUACACAGGCGUGCGUCAUAGUUAUGGCUACGCACAAAUAGUGGAUUCUUUAACAAGAUCUGCUGGCAGUAGUGAAAAAGUACUCCCAAAGUAUGGGGGCUUUGCAAAACUAUGCCUUGAGGAGAGAGAGAAUACAGAGGUAUGUAUAAAUCAGCUUCGUGCCUCAGUUCAGCUACUAUUUAACCAAGAUUUCCUCACUCAAAUUCAAGCUGUACACCAGACAUCGGCAGAAGAUCUAAUAAAGAUGGAAAUUCAUCGGCUUAGUGAAGAUGAGUUCUGCUCUGGAGCAUCAUUUGUUCAAAGAGUUGGUGGCUCACAUGAAGAUGAUGGAUGGAUAAUUUCUUUUGUACAUAAUGAAAGAACAAAUACGUCACAGGUGCACAUUAUUGAUACCCAAAAAUUUGAAGGAGCUCCUGUUGCAAAAAUAACAUUGCCACAAAGAGUGCCCUAUGGCUUUCAUGGAACUUUUGUCCAUAACAACAUACAUGGGCACGUGAAUACCAGAUCAGAAAAAAAACUGGACAGCUUAAAGUUCAUAUAUUGAAUUGGGUGUUUGUAAGUAGAAAUUUUUGUAUCCAGUGAACUGUACAAAAUUUUAACCUGUAUGAGUAUAUUCGUAGGUUAUCUCAUUCAUUGCUAUGUAGGUUAUCUUGUACAAGUGUAUCUCGAAUCACAAAGAAGCCGUGUUCAGCUAACAUAUGGCUGCCGUUCUAGCUGUAAUCAGUUCAUUAUACAAAAAUGUUGUAUUGCAAAAACAUUCAAUACACCACAGUAUCUUGAAAAAGAAUGAGCUAAGGUAUAUAAUUCUAAUGCAACCGGACUUGAAGUACAAUUAGAAGAGAAUACUCAACAUCAUCAGAACAGAUCAUGGUCUCUGAUGCCAAGUUCGAAUGACCCCCAGGAGCUUAGGGAGAAGUCGUUUGUUGACGCGUGAUCGUCGAUAGCGGGGAUUAAGGGCAAACCCCUUUUUUGUUCAGCUAGGGGCUAAAACACUUCAGUAAACUUCACGUCAAGACACGUUUUUUUUUACCCAGGUUCAGGCCACCGCGAGGUGUAUUACCUUACGUCCUGCUCUAGCUCUUGAUGAGCUUAUAUGAGUGGUUAGAAGCUACUGCUAGGGGCAGCUCUAGUGCUCGGGAUAGUUCUACUGUUCUUCUCCUAGCUUUGGUCUUCUGUUAAGUUCGUACAGAGAGAUCACCUAACCAAGAACUGGUCCUUUGAUUUGGCCACGGUCGUC